AUGGCUCUCGCAAUGUUGCUUGGGCGAGAUGCUGGCGAUUCCGUGGACAAGACGACGCAGAAUUGGAAUACAGCGACCCAGACAUUAUGCAUUGUGGCCAUGACUUUCUUCUUUGGUUUGCGCGUCUACACUCGACGCUUCAUUCUUCACGGGUUCGGGAAGGAAGACUGGACUUGCAUGGGCGCUUGGUUCCUCGGAGUCAUGUACUCUGUCAUCGCCCUCAUCAUGGGACAUUAUGGGGGUGGACUGCAUCAGGAUGAUGUGCCAAAAUCCGACCUGAUCCCUUUUCAAAAGACCGUUUACGUGACGAUGGUCAUGUACGGACCCACGGCAUUCCUGACCAAAGUGUCACUACUCUGGAUCAUGACAAGGGUGUUCAGCCCCUACCGCAAAGCCGUCCUCUUCAUCUACGUCUUCCUAGUAAUCAUGCUGCUCUACUAUAUCCCCGCCGUCAUCGUCAAAAUCCGCAUCUGCAACCCGAUUGCGAAAUUCUGGGACGACUCGACACCAGGCACUUGCCUGGAUCAGUCGGCAAUUAUCCUCGCGGACGCGGUCGUCAGCGUAGUCAGCGACAUCACCAUUCUCCUCGUCCCCCUGCCGCUCACUCUGAGUCUACAAAUGCCCAUGAGAAAGAAGCUGCGCGUGAUGGGCAUCCUGGGUGCCGGAGGGCUAGCCUGCGCGUCAAGCGUAGUCCGUCUCAUCCUCAUUCUCAAAACCGGCCAGUCAAAGGACGGGACUUACUCGUUUAUGCGGAUCAACAUGUUUGGAAACGCCGAAAUCGCCAUCGGCGUCAUCUGCGCCUGCCUCCCCGCCCUCUCCGCUCUGAUCAGCCGAGUCUACCACGAAUACUCAAGCAACAAAGCCACGAAUACCUCCACACAUGAACUCAGCAAGGUGACGAAACAGAGCCGGACGGACAGGAGGAGCAGCCGGAGCAAACACCAGAUGAGUUACAUGGAUACCGGGUCCGACCAGGAGAUCCUCAUGCACAACGCGCAGGGGGAACCGAAGAUCGAGACGUCUAUUCGGGGCGCUACAUCGACGCAUCGGACGGUGCCGUCGGAAUCUAUGGGUAUCAUGAAGACGGUGGACGUGUCGACGUCGGUAACGACUCAGUAA